AUGAAAGUUGAUGUGCCAGCUCCAAAUGAUAAAUCAAAGAUCCCAUUGCCGACCCUUUCUCAGAUAAAUGCCGAUAGAAUAACACUGCUUGCAACCCAAUAUUGGUCACCUCAAACUAAAGAUAAUCACUUGCCCUAUGAUGCUGCUAUUGUGGAGUCCAUAUAUCAAGCAGAGAUCCUUGGAUCAAAUUUUUCUGUACGGCGUAUAAUGAUGUUGGAAUUUUCUCAAUACCUCGAAAAUUAUUUGUGGCCACAUUAUGAGACGGGGAAGGCAUCUCACGCUCAUAUGAUGUCAAUAAUCGUAAUGAUUAAUGAGAAAUUCCGUGAGAGGGUCCCAGCAUGGCAGGCAUUACUAAAGAAACCAGAUGACUUUCCUGGCUUCUUUGAGCAAGUUCUUCAUGCAAGUGUAGCGGAAGACCAUUUAAGUAACAAUAUGAGGGAGCAGACAAAUCUCCUACUCUUUUUGAACCAUUGCUUUGGGAGUAUGGAGGUGCAAUUAUGCAGAGAUCAAGUGAAACGAUUGGUGUCUCUGAGCAUGUGGAUUAGUUUACAAGAAGGUCGACGAAAUCAAGAGUUCAAAAACGUGCCAAAAUGGCGGAAGUAUUGGAGGGCCAUACAGAAGAAAGACAAACCUGAACUUUUAGAUAAGUUGAACUGGGAAAGGCGAUACUUGCAGAAACUCAUGAUUAAAUUUAUGAGGACAUUGGAAAGCAUUCCUGAGGAGGGUGAUGUUAACCCAGAUAAAAUUAGAUACUGCGAGCGAUUCCUGGAGCUGAUGAUCGACCUUGAAGCAUUAUUACCAACACGACGCUUCUUUAACACCGUCAUGGACGAUUGUCACCUGGUAGUCAGAUGUCAACUAGCAAAACUCGCUGAACGCCCGGAAGGACAGCUUUUCUCACAGUUAGUGAUUUGUGCAUUGUCCUGUGAUCCUGUCAUAAUGAUUAAAGCUUCUUAA